AUGACUCGAAAUGGUAUCUGUCAUCAUCAUCUCUCUGAAACUGCAGAGAUGACAUCAAGGCUUGUACCAAAGAUGUUGCCUCUAUUAUUACUUGCAUUGAUAUUCAUUACAGUGAUGAUGAUGGAGAUCCAUCCGAUUAGAGCCGAAGCUGUUUUAAAGGGAGAACAAAAUUUAUUGAAUUUAUUGAAUUCGGAGUCAUCAAUGAUGAGAGAAAUUGAGAAUACAAAUUCUCCUCUCCAUCAUCUUCCGAGAAGAAGAAGAAUUUUAUUGGAGGAUUUGAACAUGUUUAACCAUAAGAGAUCCUUGAUGAGAGAAGAUGGUUCAUCAGUUUUGAGCUUUUUUGAGAAGAAUCCUUUUGUGAGCGAGAGAAAUGCAUGGAUUCAAAAAUUUCAAUCAUCAUCAUCAUCUCCAAACGAGAGAAGUAUGAAAGUAUCUGAUAAUGAGAUCCAUGUGUUGGUCACUUUUAAAACAAACAAGGACUCGCGUGAAUAUGAGAAAAUUCUUUCGACUCCAAUGGGAGAAAACACUUUCACCUCCAGAGUUAAUGUGCAACAAUUGAAAAGACUUAUUGAAGAUGAAAAGGUUGAAUCUGUGGAGUAUUUCGACCCCAUGUUCAAGUUUGUUGAAUCUCAAUUUUCAUCAUCUUCAGAACAUGCUUGGGCCAAGAAUAUCCAAAGAUUUUUUGUGGACCCCAAUGCAAAAUUCAAACAAGUCGAAAAGGAGUUCAAAUUAUCUGCUGAGCCAUUCAUUCGUAGACCAAGCGAAAAUUGGCAAUUCACUUACACAGAAAGAAAUGGAGAGGAAUAUGUUGUUUUGAGAGUCCUCACUGAGGAGAGAUCAGCAUCGAAUUUGAACGGCUACUUGCAAGAUCUCAAGAAGUUUUCUCGAGGAUCUAUUCAAUACCUUAAUAAUGUUGGAGAUAGAAUCAUGAUUUCUGUUAAAAAGAGAGAUGCUCUUGCUGUCACUUAUGAAAUUUCGAAACGGUCAGAAGUAUUCUGGGUAGAGGUUGCUCCAAAGAAUGAAUUGCACAAUUACUGGGCAAAAGGUAUCACUCAAAGCGGCCUACCAGACGUGCAACCAGUUACUUAUCGAGGAUUAACAGGAAAGGAUCAAAUUGUUACAGUUGGCGAUUCUGGUUUAGAUGGAAACUCAUGUUUUUUCUAUGAUAGUGACCAUGCAGUUCCGUAUGUCAAUUCCACUUCAUCACUUUCAGUCAGCAGCCACAGAAAAAUUGCUUCUUACUGGGGACUCAUUGAUACUAUUUCUGAGGAUAAUGCUCACGGCACUCACGUUGCUGGAACUAUUGUUUCUCAAUCCCUCGAUGAUUCUCUCAGCCAACACAAUGGUAUCGCUCCAGAUGCUAAGGUAGCAUUUACUGAUAUUGGAUGUUCCGAUCCAAAAGGAUGUUCAUGCCACGGCGUUGAGAAGGGAUGCUAUUGCGAUGGAGGAUAUAACAAGAAGUGCCCACCAUCUGAUCGUUCAGUUUAUCCUCCAAAUUCAUUGUCCGAGGACUACUUCCCUUUUGCAUACAAAUUAGGAAGUCGAAUUCACACCAACUCAUGGGGAGGUGGUGCUGGAAUUUUAGGUUACAGCAUUGAUACAGCAGAUAUUGACAAGUAUGUUUGGGAGCACAAGGACAUGCUCAUUCUGUUCUCUGCUGGUAAUAGUGGAGAUGCCAUAGGAUACUCUUCCAUUUCAACACAAGCAGAAGCGAAAAACAUUCUUUCUGUUGGAGCAUCUAUGAAUCCUCUUUCAACCUUUCAAUAUGUGACUGACAAGUUACUGGAUAUGAAUGCCUAUGCACAAAAUUAUGCUACGCAAUUAUUGAACAUUUUAGGGUGUCCUGCAGAAAAUCAAAAUUCAAGCAGAUCAUGUUCUGGUUUUAAUUCUGAGUUUUUGGAGACCUGUCAAUUUUUAAGAAAUUUUAAAACAGAAGAAGAUUGUUGCAACAACACUGGAAACUUUUGUUCCAAUUCUGGAUGCGGUUGUCGAUUUUAUGGACUGGGAUCUUUGUGUUGCAGACAGUGCAGAUCCGAUCGCCUAAAGACCAGUUACAGUAAUAUUGUUUAUAACAAGGAGAAUAUUGCAUACUUUAGCAGUAGAGGUCCAACCUCAGAUGGAAGAAUCAAACCUGACAUUGUUGCUCCUGGAUAUUUUAUUGUGAGCGCUCGUUCUCAUAACACUUUAUCCUCUCCAAUGACUUGUUCUGAUAGCACUAAAGAUGUCAGCCGAGCUGUUCUACAAAUGGGUGGAACUUCUAUGAGUUGUCCUUUAACAGCUGCCAAUGCUGCUCUUGUAAGACAAUACUAUACUGAAGGAUGGUAUUAUGAUGGUAAGAACAAUACAUCAAAAGGAUUUAAACCAUCUGCUGCUUUGAUGAAGGCCACCCUUAUCAAUUCUGGAGUGCCUUUACUUGGAUAUUUGGACAUUUCAGGAUUUUUGGUGCCAAUUAAUGACGCAUCCUCUAAUCCUGAAUUUAGACUUCAAGCUAAACAUAUUGAAGGAUUUGGAAGAAUUCAACUGGAUCGAGUUCUCAUGUUUGACAAUUCUACAAGAAAGCUUCUAAUUGGUAGAAAAGAAAAUAUCAAGACCUCUAGCAAUGUGAAGGAAGAAUUUGGAGACCCAGUUAUUAGCUCUGAAGAGGAAUCUCAUACCUAUUGCGUUGCACCAAAGGUUUCAGGAGAAAUGAAUGACGUCAAAAUUACUCUCACAUGGACCGACUAUCCAAGUAAUCCUGCAAGAGGUAAACAUUUAGUGAACAAUCUCGAUCUAGGUUGUAAAAUUGAUCGUGAUGUUUACUUUGGAAAUUCAAACACAUCUAAUACCUUUGAUCGUGACAACACCAACAAUGUGGAACAACUUGUUUUUAGCAAUGUCCAAUCGAGAAUUGUUGUCAACAUUGCAGCUUCAUAUAUUUACAAAGCGCAAAGUUAUGCCUUAGUGAUUACUGGUGAAAAUAUCAAAUUCGAUGAAUGUGGAAAUAGUGACUAUUUUGAAUAUUCUGCACGUGGAAAGACCUCCAGUAAUGGCUUGGCAACUGGAAUCAAGAUUUUUGGAUUUGAUCUUGCGUUGGUCAUGCUGGCUGUCGUAAUCUUGUUAGUCAUCAUUGCAGCUGCAUCCAUAACCACAUGCGUUUUUGCUGUCAUUUGGGUGAAAAAGAAGAAUUCACAAACAGCGUUUGCCAGAUUGGAAGAUGAAAACAAUCGUUUGUAA